AGUACGCCACAAUAAUGGAGGGUACGAGUCCAAGAUGCCGCACCGCUGCCAGCAGGCAGUCCACCACCCAUGCAUCAGCCUCAGGCUAUCCUCCCCUUUAUGAGAUUGAGCACUCUCCCCUCACUCUCUUCAACCGUUUGUUUGCUGCAGUUUACGCGUCUGCCAUCCUCUCCCUCCUGUAUCGCCAUGCAUUCAUGCUCAUAAACUCUCCCGCCUUAGCCUCCUCCAUUAUCUCCCUCUCCAUGCUGAUCUCUGAUCUUGUGCUUGCGCUCAUGUGGGCUGGCACCCAGUCUUGCCGCAUGCGUCCAAUCCACCGCAGGGAAUUCCCCGAAAACCUCAACAGGGUUGUGAAAGAUCAAUCCGAUUUUCCUGCACUCGACGUGUUCAUAUGUACCGCCGACCCCUACAAGGAGCCGCCAUUGAGCGUGGCGAGUACGGCCUUAUCUGUCAUGGCAUAUGACUAUCCAACGGAGAAGAUCUCAGUCUAAGUAUCAGACGAUGGGGGCUCGCAGCUC